GAGCGCAAGGGUCUUAAAUGCAACUCAAUGAAACACUAAAUUCUGUUGUUUGUUGUGCAAAAACGUUUUUGUAGCAUUGCCGCUAACAACAACCCAAUCGUCGACGCCGCCGUCGCAGUCGCUGUCGGCAGUCUCAGUCGAAAUCGCAGGUCGACUUCGUCGUCAAAAAAGUGCUCAAACAAGAUUUCCACUUGAAAUUCCUGAAUUUCGUUCGCGACGCGCAGCAAAAACAAAAUAAAAGAAGCAAUAUAUAAAUGGAAAUAUAGAAGCGCAAUACAAAUACAAAUUUAAAUAAAUACCUAAAUUUCUGCAAAUGCAGACAGCAUUUUGAAUGUGUUUAUAACGGUGUCUGCCUACAAUCAAUGUAUAUGCGUGCAUGUGUGUGUCAUAAUUUUGUGCAGUUUGGAAACACUUUUGGAUUAGCGGCGCUUUUAUUUACAUAGACUUUGCACGACUAAUUGAUCAUUUUCAAUCGCAGCAUCUAUUCUUUUUUUAAAGAUAUAAUCCGAGGAUGCGCGCAGCAGGUCACAGACGAACGGACCUCAUGAUGAAGUUGCCGACGAGGCGUCUCUGAACUGCUGACAGCCAAGUGCCAGCGCCAGUGCGUGCGUAUCUCAAAGCAACCAACAACAACUCUAAGUCGCAGCGCAUUUCCGGCUGGACGCACCGCGCAGCACCGGACCGCACCGCACCUAUUUAACUAAGUGGACGGCUCCGGCUACCUACGCGUUCGCUCGUCGCUCGUUACUCGUCACUCCCGACUCGUUACUCGCCGCUGCUAUUGCCAUUGCUGCCACUGUCGUUGCAACAGCUGCUAUCAGUUCUGCAGAAGCGCGCGGUCGCGACGGGCUGCAAAAAUCGAAAUAAAUAAAAUAAAGUGAGCGCCGAGAGCGCGAAGUGGAGCAAUAACAAAAUAACAACGAAAUCGUCAAACGAAUAUCGAACAACGAAAUGCAUCAAACCAAUGCUCCGUCGUGAACAAUCAAAUACAUACGCGCACAUACAUAUAUAUGUAUAAAUAUAUAUAGAUAAAUACGUGAAAAGCAGGGAAACACGGUAAGCGCUCGACGACAAUCCUUUUGCCUUGCGCAAAUAUUUGUGGAAAAGUGAUUGCUGUUGACAAAGUGGCGUCCGCACACGCACUCGAUACUUUCAAUUAGGCACGUUGCUUAUAAAUGUGCCACAAUGGCGCCGCCGUCCAGGACGACGACACCGUCAACGGUGCAACCACCGACGCGCUGUAAAGCCACAGCGACAGCCACGGCGAGAGCUAAGGCUCUAAUCCUGCCCCUGUCCAUGUCCCAGUCCCUGCCCAUGCCUCUGCUACUGCUGCUGAUGCUAGCUGCUGUCAUGGUCCGUGCUGAACCGUAUUCGAGCGUUUUCGGCAGCUCAGCCAUCGCCAGCGGCGGCUUGGGCUCCGUGGGCAUUCACAUACCCGGCGGCGGAGUGGGCGUCAUCACAGAGGCGCGCUGUCCGCGCGUGUGCUCCUGCAGCGGCUUAACCGUCGACUGCUCGCAUCGUGGAUUAACGCAGGUACCGCGAAAAAUAUCAGCGGAUGUGGAAAGACUCGAUUUGCAGGGCAACAAUUUAACCGUGAUAUAUGAAACGGAUUUUCAGCGCUUGACCAAACUGCGAAUGCUACAACUGACGGACAACCAAAUCCAUACCAUAGAGAAGAAUGCACUGCAAGAUUUGGUUUCACUGGAGCGACUACGCCUAAACAACAAUCGACUUAAGGCAAUACCUGAAAACUUUGUGACAAGUUCAGCGAGUCUUUUGCGAUUGGACAUCUCGCACAAUGUCAUCACAACGGUCGGCCGGAGGGUCUUUAAGGGCGCCCAAUCGCUGCGGAGCCUACAGCUAGACAACAAUCAAAUCACAUGUAUGGAUGAGCAUGCCUUUAAGGGAUUGUUGGAGCUGGAAAUACUCACACUGAAUAACAAUAACUUGACCGCCCUGCCGCACAAUGCCUUCGGGGGAUUGGGAAAAUUGCGGGCGCUGCGCCUCUCGGAUAACCCGUUCGCCUGCGAUUGCCAUUUAUCCUGGCUGUCGCGCUACCUACGCAGCGCGCCGCGGCUCGCCCCCUACACGCGCUGCCAAUCGCCGUCGCAACUGAAGGGCCAAAACGUGGCGGACCUGCACGAUCAGGAGUUCAAAUGCUCAGGUCUCACCGAGCAUGCGCCAAUGGAAUGCGGCGUGGAGAACAGCUGCCCCCACCCGUGUCGCUGUGCCGAUGGCAUCGUCGAUUGCCGUGAGAAGAGUCUGACGAGUGUACCCGUUACACUGCCGGAUGAUACCACCGAGCUGCGCUUGGAGCAGAAUUUCAUCACCGAACUGCCAGCCAAAUCUUUCUCCAGCUUCCGGCGACUGCGACGCAUCGAUCUGUCCAACAACAACAUCUCGCGCAUUGCCCACGAUGCGCUAAGUGGCCUAAAGCAGCUAACCACGCUCGUGCUGUAUGGCAAUAAAAUAAAGGAUUUGCCCUCGGGCGUAUUCAAAGGACUCAGCUCGCUGCAGCUGCUGCUCCUGAAUGCCAACGAGAUCUCCUGCAUACGCAAGGAUGCCUUCCGCGACCUGCAUAGCCUCAGUUUGCUCUCACUUUACGACAACAACAUACAGUCGCUGGCUAAUGGCACAUUCGACGCCAUGAAGAGCAUCAAAACGGUACAUUUGGCCAAGAAUCCUUUCAUUUGUGACUGCAAUCUGCGCUGGCUGGCCGACUAUUUGCACAAAAAUCCCAUAGAGACAAGUGGAGCACGCUGUGAGUCACCGAAGCGGAUGCAUCGCCGGCGCAUUGAAUCUUUGCGCGAGGAGAAAUUCAAAUGUUCCUGGGAUGAAUUGCGAAUGAAGCUAUCCGGCGAGUGUCGCAUGGACUCGGACUGCCCAUCCAUGUGCCAGUGCGAGGGCACGACGGUCGACUGUGCGGGACGAGGUCUCAAGGAAAUACCACGCGACAUUCCAUUGCAUACCACAGAGCUUUUACUCAACGACAACGAAUUGGGACGCAUCAACUCGGACGGCCUGUUUGGACGAUUGCCGCAUCUGGUUAAACUGGAGCUGAAGCGCAAUCAGCUGACUGGCAUUGAGCCGAACGCCUUUGAGGGUGCAUCGCGCAUACAGGAUUUGCAGUUGGGCGAGAACAAGAUAAAGGAAAUUUCGAAUAAAAUGUUCCUCGGACUGCAUCAGCUGAAAACUCUCAAUCUUUAUGACAAUCAAAUUUCAUGCGUCAUGCCUGGUUCAUUCGAGCAUCUCAACUCGCUGACGUCUCUGAAUCUAGCAUCGAAUCCAUUCAAUUGCAAUUGUCAUUUGGCCUGGUUCGCCGAGUGGUUGCGUAAAAAAUCGCUGAGCGGCGGUGCGGCACGUUGCGCUGCCCCAGCGAAGGUACGUGAUGUGCAAAUCAAGGAUCUGCCGCACAACGAAUUCAAAUGCAGCAGCGACAACAACGAGGGCUGCCUCGGCGAUGGCUAUUGUCCGCCGGCCUGCACGUGCACCGGCACUGUGGUGCGCUGCUCACGCAAUCAAUUGAAGGAAAUACCGCGCGGCAUACCGCCCGAGACGUCCGAGCUGUACCUGGAGUCCAAUGAGAUCGAGCAGAUUCAUUAUGAGCGCAUCAGGCACUUGCGUGCGCUCACACGACUCGAUCUCAGCAACAAUCAAAUCACCAUACUAUCCAAUUACACCUUCGCCAAUCUAACCAAACUAUCCACGCUCAUCAUUUCGUACAACAAGCUGCAAUGCCUGCAACGUCAUGCGUUGUCUGGUCUAAAUAAUCUGCGCGUGCUCUCGCUGCACGGCAAUCGGAUAUCCAUGCUACCGGAGGGCUCCUUCGAGGAUCUCAAGUCGUUGACACACAUUGCUUUGGGCAGCAAUCCCCUGUACUGCGACUGCUCGCUGAAGUGGUUCUCGGACUGGAUCAAGCUGGACUAUGUGGAGCCGGGCAUUGCACGCUGCGCCGAGCCGGAGCACAUGAAGGACAAGCUGAUACUGUCCACGCCCUCGUCGAACUUCGUGUGCCGUGGGAAGGUGCGCAACGAGAUCCUGGCCAAGUGCAAUGCUUGCUACGAGCAGCCCUGCCAGAACAAGGCCCAGUGCUUGGCCCUGCCCCAGCGCGACUACCAGUGCCUCUGCCAGCCGGGCUAUCAUGGCAGGCACUGCGAGUUCAUGAUCGACGCCUGCUACGGCAAUCCCUGCCGUAACAAUGCCACCUGCACGGUGCUGGAGGAGGGACGCUUCAGUUGCCAGUGCGCGCCAGGUUACACAGGCGCCCGCUGCGAGACGAACAUCGACGACUGCCUGGGCGAAGACAUACGCUGCCAGAACAACGCCACCUGCAUCGACGGCGUGCAGUCGUACCGCUGCGAGUGCCAGCCCGGCUUCAGCGGCGAGUGGUGCGAUACGAAGAUUCAGUUCUGCAGCCAGGAGUUCAAUCCCUGCGCGAACGGGGCCAAGUGCUUGGACCACUUCAGCCACUACAGCUGCGAGUGCAUGGCCGGCUUCCAUGGCAUCAACUGCACGGACAACAUCGAUGACUGCCAGAAUCACAUGUGCCAGAAUGGCGGCACCUGCAUCGACGGCAUCAACGAUUACGUCUGCAAGUGCCCGGAUGACUUCACGGGCAAGUACUGUGAGGGCCACAACCUGAUCUCCAUGAUGUAUCCCCAGACGUCGCCCUGCCAGAACCACGAGUGCAAGCACGGCGUUUGCUUCCAACCGAAUGCCGCCGGCUCGGACUACCUGUGCAAGUGCCAUCCGGGCUACACGGGCAAGUGGUGCGAGUACUUGACCAGCAUCAGCUUCGUUCACAACAAUUCGUUCGUGGAGCUGGAGCCGCUGCGCACCAGGCCCGAGGCGAAUGUCACCAUUGUCUUUAGCAGCGCCGAGCAGAACGGAAUCCUCAUGUAUGAUGGACAGGAUGCGCACUUGGCCGUGGAGCUCUUCAAUGGACGCAUACGCGUUAGCUAUGAUGUCGGCAACUAUCCGGUGUCCACAAUGUACAGCUUCGAAAUGGUCGCCGAUGGCAAAUACCAUGCCGUCGAGCUACUGGCCAUCAAAAAGAACUUCACGCUGCGCGUGGAUCGAGGCCUGGCCCGUUCCAUCAUCAAUGAGGGCUCCAAUGAUUAUCUGAAACUGAGCACGCCUAUGUUCCUUGGCGGUCUGCCGGUGGAGCCCGCCCAGCAGGCUUACAAAAACUGGCAGAUACGCAACUUGACUAGCUUCAAGGGCUGCAUGAAGGAGGUCUGGAUUAAUCACAAGCUCGUGGACUUCGGCAAUGCGCAGCGGCAGCAGAAAAUCACGCCGGGCUGUGCUCUGCUGGAGGGCGACCCCUCUGAGGGCGAGGAGGAUGACGAGCAGGACUUCAUGGACGAGACUCCGCACAUUAAGGAGGAGCCCGUCGAUCCCUGCUCGGAGCACAAGUGCCGUCGCGGCAGUCGCUGUGUGCCCAAUGCCAAUUCCAAGGAUGGCUAUCAGUGCAAAUGCAAGCACGGCCAGCGCGGACGCUACUGCGAUCAAGGUGAGGGCAUCACAGAGCCCCCAACAAUCACGGCCGCCGCUACGUGUCGCAAGGAGCAGGUGCGUGAGUACUAUACGGAGAACGACUGCCGCUCCAGGCAGCCGCUGAAGUACGCCAAAUGCGUUGGCGGUUGCGGCAAUCAAUGCUGCGCGGCCAAAAUUGUGCGAAGACGCAAGGUGCGCAUGGUAUGCAGCAACAACCGCAAAUAUAUCAAGAACUUGGAUAUUGUGCGCAAGUGCGGGUGCACCAAGAAAUGCUACUGACUGAAAGAUGCGACUACCCCAUUGCUUAUACGAAGCAAUAGCAGCUUAGAUGUUAGUUUAGGAACACAAUUAAACUUAACUUAUAAUAUGAGUAACAACAAUAAUAACAGUAACUCUAAUAAUGAUGAUAAUAGUAGUAGAAAUAGUAGCAGUAGCAGUAGCAGUAGCAGUAGUAUUAACCUUAGUCUUAAGCCGCAUAGCAGUAGAUUUAAUGGCACGGGGCAGCAGCAGCUGGGCGUGGCUGCUGCUGACGAGAGACAGGAGGCGGCUUCGGCUGCGAUGGAUGGCGAGGAUGACUAUGCCAUGGAGGACAUUGAGGCGGACACAGAACGCAUGCAAGCGGACCUCCAUGGCGAGGACGUAGACGAUGAUGAUGAUGACGAGGUGAUGAGCUUAUUUGCAGAUGAUGACGAUGAAGAUGAGGAUGAUGAUAAUGAAGAUAAAGAUGAUGAGUAUGAUGAGGAUGAUGAGGAACCGGAGCAGUUGCCAGAUCCCAAGAGUCUUAUCUCAGCAACAGCCCAACAGCAGCCGCAGUUGAGUGCCGAAGAAGAAGACAUGGGCUAUGACGAGGACGAUGAGCGUCUGGCCUUGGAGCGACCCCGCACAACGCGCCCGCGUGCCGACGAGGAGCAUUUCGUGAAUGAAGAGGGCAGCGGCGCCGGCGGCGGCGCAGGCUACAAGUCACGCUUCAGGCCAAACAACAGCUACAGGCAACUGCACCUGGAGAAUAUUCGGAAGAAGCUGCUCACAGAGAGUCAGCAGCAGGAGCCGGCUGUGGCGGUGGCCGUGCCGAGCACUGCGAUUGAUCUGCGCGAGAGCAGCGGCCAUUUUGCUAACGAUGAUGAGGAUGGCGAGGAUAACGAUGACGGUGUCGAUGAUGAAUACCCUGACAAUGGCGACAGCGCUGGCUUCUUUGGGUCGCAACGCUCGAAGAGCAACUCCGGCUCGAAUCAUUAUUUCCGCAAGAAUAGCAAUGAUGCGAUCAAAAUUAUAUCCACGCCCCUGGGCAAGGUGGGCAUUGUCUAUCAGCAGACGCCCACCGAUGCCGAUGGGGACCAGCAGCAGCAUCAGCUGCAUGCGAACAAGCAGCUGGACAAGCAGGCGCCGCAGAAGCCAGCGACACAGUUCACAGACUUCGAUGCAUUGUCACCGGAUCCGGAGAGCAGUCAUCGUUUUCCGUCGCCACAUCCGAAAAUAACGCCCGUACUAACACCCGAUGGCAAGGUGGCGCUGCUUUAUCGCGGUGAUUCGGAGAGCUCCAAGUACGAGCCCAUACGCAACCUCACGCAUAAGUUCACCAGCUCCAGCUCUGCUAAGUCAGCAUCCGAGCAGGCCAAGGGGAACAGUGACGACUCCUCGGACGACUCCUCCGACGACUCGGUCUACACGGACAGCGAGGACGAGAGCGCAGGAGACAGACCAGUUCCAGCCCCGGGCUCAGCUGUGACUCCUAAGCCAAUGCAGCCCGAGAUACUGGAACCGCCGGCCCAUGCUCCAAACGGUGGCAGCUUCAUAAUACGACCCACCUCUGAUUCACUGCUCCCCAUGAUCAAUCGGCCCUUGUCCGAGGUGCUGGGCAUCAAGAAAAAUCAGUUCCAAGAGACGCGUGUGCGUGAUCACAUGCCCAUGCUGGGCGUCACUGAGGCAACACCCCGCUCUCUACUUGCUCAGCCCGCACAAGAAGCCGAGCGCAAGCCGAGCAGCAGCCUGCACUUCCUCACAAAGGUCAAUCUGGCCGAAUACCCCACUUCCAAGCAGCAGUUGCCGCACUCGCUGGGCCAACUGCCCACAGGACGUGACUUUGACUUCAGUCUGGAUAAUACCAUGCUGGACGAGAGAUCGCGCGUGCGUGAGCUGGAGCGGCAGCGGGAGCGGGAGCGAGAGCACAAUGAAGCCACCAGCAAAGGCGCCACCGAAGCUCACACAAUUGCCAACGAACAGUUGCUGUCCAAAACGGAGGUCAUCAACUUGGCCAUAAUACCGCAAUUCGAUGAAGACAUGGAGAGUCUGCAGCGCUUGCACGAGAGCAGCGGGCUGGGCAGCCGGCGUCACCACCGAACGCGCCAUCGCCACCGGCAGACAGACGAGGAACUGUCUGGCAUUCAUUGCGUCAUGCAGGUCAUGAUGGGCAUUGCUGCCGUAUCCACAGUUUUUGGAAUGCUUGGCACCUUCUUUAAGCAGCGCAUUCUCGAUCAGCUGCGUCUGAUGCACUGGUAGUACAACAAUGGGUAUUCGAUCCGCUUCGAAUACCUUCCCGAACCCAAUCCGAACGUAAAUCCU